UAAUCAAAAUAUUGCAACGCAGCCGAAAUGAAAGACGACACAGCUGAACGGGAGCAAGUCAUCAAGCGCUUGAAAAUUGCGACUGCACUAUGCGCCCUKUUCAUGAUCGUCGAGAUUUCAGGCGGUYUACUUUCCGGAUCUCUUGCCAUCUUGAGUGAUGCGGCUCAUUUGUUUUCGGACAUGACAUCGUUCGCGGUGGCAAUUGCCGCUAGUUAUCUGGCUAGUCUACCGCCAACAGCAAGACAUACCUACGGUCUGAAGAGGACGGAGUCGUUAGCUGCGUUGUUUAGUAUGACCAGCCUUGCAUUUGUCAGCAUUGCAUUAGCUUACGAAGCUCUUCAGCGCCUGAUAAGCCCACCUGAGGAAGGGAUAGAUGGAAACUUGAUGACWCUCAUUGCAGGAUUUGGAGUUGUUAUCAACGUGAUUCUAGCCAUUGUUUUGGGAGAAAACCACGUUCAUCUUCCCGGAGGUAGGCUACGCUUCGUCUUUCGCUAAAGCAAUGGAUGCUCACUUCUUUUCGUUGGGGUUGYAUUGAUUGGUUCGAAACCAAUCAAUCGGUGAGAUACAAUGUAUUCUGAUGGUUUUCUUUCUACUAUUUCAUUUUUUAAAUAUGGACUACGAAAGGCGAUCAUGGUCACGAUCAUUCACAUGACCAUGRCGGCCACGGGGAUGAUCACGGACAUGAUCAUGGGCACAACCACCAAACCAURGAUCAUCACGACGYGCACGACCAURACCACCAUUGCCACGGCAAUAAGGAAAAAGAAAACACACAYGAUCACAAACAUGAMCAUCAUUUUCACGAUGACGAGGAAGAUGGUCAUGGCCAUGAGCAUGGACAUAAUCACGGGCACGACAACGAGACAAAACACGAAAAAUCUCCUCUCAUAGUCUCAAAAGGAGGACACGAUCAUGAAGRGGAUGACGAUCACCACAGUCACAAGGAGCACCAGCGCAAUGUGAACUUGCAUGCUGCCUAUUUGCAUGUCUUGGGUGAUUUGGCUCAAAGCUUCGCAGUCUUUUUCGGAGGUACGAAUUUUCACUCCUGCUGUACUCUAAUUUGUUUUAGGUUCCCGUUUGUCCAGGAUCGUAGAUUCGCGAGACAUUUCUAUUCCUGACACUUGGUAUCUCCGUUCACCCCUCUUAACGUAAUAAAUGACAUGUAUAUCAGGAGUUGUCAUUUGGUGGAAACCGGAGUGGCAUAUUAUUGAUCCUAUUUUGACACUCGGCUUCUGUGUUCUGGUUUYCUGGUCAACCAUUGGUGUAUUAAAAAGUUCCGUUGCCAUUUUGUUAGAAGAAACACCCCCAGGAAUUGAUUGGCGGGAGGUUUACAACGCCAUUUCGGCUGUGUCCAACGUAUACAACGUGCAUGUAAGUAGGCGAUGGUUUCACAAUGCUUAUUGCAUCGAUCAUACCACGACUGGCCUCAACUACACCACCAUAUUGGGCUUAAYUCAAUCUCAUAAGAUUUUCUUUGUGUCUGUUCACACUCAUCGGUUGUGCUCUUCACGGAUCAAUUCAUUUUCUCUAAGGACCUUCAUAUCUGGUGCAUAAGUCACGGCCAGAUUGCGCUCUCCGUCCAUUGUACUUCUACGGACGAAAAUGCUAUCAAGAACAUAAACAAGGCGUGCUUAAAGUUUGGGAUUAAGCACGCAACGAUYCAAGUAAACAGGGGGGAGUGCUCAACCUGCUACCCUCCCGACUGUUGCACAUCGAAGAUAGAUGAAUAAUUAUGAACUUUUSAAAAUGAAUGCGUUUCGAAUGAAUUAUCUUCGAGUGGAUGRUACUUAUUUUCGUUCUUGUAAAUCAAAUAAUAAMAAUCGCAACCA